CUCUUUUAUUUUUUAUUUUUUUUCUUGUGUGUCAACAAGCUUUUUUGUUAUAUAACUGCUUUCUUUGGCUGUUCAUCAGCACAUUUUAUUUAUACUUUCAUUUCUUCGUUCCGACUUGCCAUCUCCUCCACUUGCAUGUCUGCAUUGAAAGCCCUACAGUGACCAUUAGAAUGCGCUCCAACCGAAAACUUAUUCUAGGUCUCAUCAAUCGCAUUGCUGCAAGACUGCCUGUCAACAACAGCGGCCGCAAAAUCGAGACUUUGGAGCAAGAUCCGAUUAUUCAACAAACAGUGGCGGCUGUUAUUGAACUGUCAAGUCAUAAACUCACCACCGUGGCGAAUGCGCUGGGGACUGUUCUAGAGAAUGUAUCAAAAACAAACUCGGUGGAUCAAUUCAUACCCUUUGAGGCGCUCCAAUCCCAGUUAUUUGUUCUCCGACUUUUCUCAGCAUGUCUGCAACACCAUUGGAAUUCACACCAAAAACAAUCCGCACCGUCUAAUCCCUCUCAAUCAAAUACCGCUCAGAAUACCUCACUGGACGUCAAUACCGUCGACCCACCGCCUCUGGAUGAAGCCUUGGUCGCAUAUAUCUUCAUGCUCAUGAGCCAAUAUCUCAGCAUGUUCCAUCGUAUGGAUGCAGAUGAUAUGGAAGAUACCGAGGUUCAGAAACCCAAAACCGAUCUGGCUACCUACGAAUUAACUGUCGAUAUUUAUCGCGCCGCAGGCAAGGUCCUGUAUUACGUGAGCGCCAGUAAUUGGCCAACUUACUACGCCAAAGUCAAGAACGCUGUCCAUGCAUUGGGUGCUGUGAGCGAAACAGCCGACCUCAGCUAUGAGAUUCGCAUGCUCGAAUGUUGUUGUCUUAAUCGAUCCAGACUACAUAUCGUCCUCUCUGAGUUAAGCCCCUAUUUUCUUCACAUGAAGGAUUCAGGCAAGCUGCUGUUCUCAAGAAUGAUGAAACGCGCCAUUUGGAACUGGAUCCAAACCUAUCCAUCGGAGUUCGCAGAGGUAUCCGCGACAACCGACCGUCUUUUGAGUGGAUCCGAAGUGCUCUUUGAUAUGUGCAAUGCUGCAGCAGACACACCUCGUAAAAAGGCCGUAUUAUGGCCAUUGCAAGCUAUUUUACUGGCCCUAUCACCUGAUUUAUUAGUCCAAGCGUUACUUGAAAAUCCAUCGGCCCAGAAUAAUCGAAGAACCAGUUUCUUGACCGUUCUCAGAAAAUCCUUACGAAGUUCCAAGGGCGAAAUUGCUGCCAUGUCUUACGUUGAGCUGUGUAAAGCAUCCAUGUACGUUCCGCCCACCGAAGAAUCGGUUUUGCGCCAUAUUGCCGCCGAUAUCGAAAGCGAUUUGCAGGAAAAGAUCUGGGAUUUCUCGGGAGGAUCAUUCGUCGAUGCAUCACUCGAAGUACCAAGCCUACGAUCGCUCGCUUCGGAUUAUCUGUUGACGCGUUUACGCUUGGAUCCGGAGAAAACACUUUCCACCAUUGUACCUACUUGUACCGAUGAAAAUGCCCCUGUCGCCUUUCGAACCGCCCUCGUCAACGCUUGUGCUUCAAUUGUGCAUGACGAUGUAUUACCUUGGAAUCCUUCCAUCUCUUCCAUGUAUAAUUCCCUUUGCUCCAUUUUACGCGAAAUUUUUAUGCACACCAUUGGUAUCGAAAUCACUAAGCGUCCUGAAAUGCCUAAUGCAUCAAAACGUUCACUUGACAAGCGACCUGAAAUACGAACCCGCGAAACUUUUGAAUUACUCGAAAAUCUGUUACGGCUGUUCAAAAUGGAUCCACUUUUGGCAUUAUUGGGAAGUGACGAAGAUAGAGUUGAACAGAAUGCGGCAUUUAUGACGGGCAUGAUUGCGUUGCUGCAACACAACGAUCCACUCAUACGACAAGCUGCAAGUGAAUGUUUGGCCAAACUGCAUGAUCCAGCGAGCAUUGUUCAUUGGGGACCCAAAACAGGCAAUAUGCGCAACUUUUGGCGCGUCUCAUCUCAGGUCAUUUUUGCCCUCGCCAAGAACGUUCUCGAUAUCAAGCAAAACGAUGACAGUUUGAAAGGCCUAUUCUCGCUGUUACUGAAACUGUUGAAAACUCGAAACGCAUUUUUACGUGAUAAUCAGGAACAUGCAAGGGAUGGCAUAGAUGUUCGAGAACGUUUACAAGGUUCGGUGGCACUUGAGAUUGCGUUGCUGGUGUCAUUGUGUUCUUCGACACCCGAAAUAUGCUCCAUAGCCACGAAAUGCUUCGAUCUUCUGUGCGUGGAAGCGCAACUUAUGGAAGAAGACGAAAACUCCCAUCAGAACCAGAUCACGUUUGUAAGCAAUUUGCCAAUUUACGUCGGUCUGGCAUCCAAGGACAAUGUAUUUUUGGGUCGGAAAGCCCAACAGAAAAGUGUACGCAAAUCGUUGAGGAUGAUGUCACGCGCGACCCCCGGAAACUUGGCGGCUUGGGAGGAAGUGUGGAAACGAUGGAAAGUGUUAACACCGAUGGUGGUCCGUUCCGGUGAGGAGUUGUGGGAAGAGGAUCCGGUCACCGGAAAGAGAGUACCGCGCCUUGAUCAAAAAACAAAAGCACCGAUGGGCAAACCGACCAUCAUGGGUCGAACGGAUAUCCAUGAGGAGAAACAAACGGAAUGGCAAAACUAUACCGGAUUUCUGGCCGCCUUGGGCGGAUGCUGCUUAGCGUCGCAAGAAGAUAAAGAAGACGGUAUCUCCGGAAGAGAAAUGGCCAACAUGAUCGACCGAUAUAUGACCGAGAUGGUGGAUUUGCUUACAGCAGAUAAUGUGGUCGUACGCGAAAGUGUAAAGGAUACCUUGGGAUGCGAUUUAUCACCUGGUUUAUACGCCAUUCUGUUCCGUCAUCUGGAAGCCGCGAUGAAUCGAUCCUUUGACGCCGACAAAGAAGUGAUCUGUUCUCCGAGAACGACUCUUUUAGUGGAACAGGGCGUCUUUAUACUGAAGAGUAUUCUUGACCGUUUGACCGAUCCAGGCGAUUGCUUGCUGAGUAUCGACUUUAGUACGCUGAUUAACCCGUUUGCAGCCUACCUCAGUAAAUUACCUUCCAGUUACGCCGCUCUUCGCAUCAAAAUUAAAAUGUGUCAUCUGGUGGAAGCGUUGGUUCUCAAGAAGGAACAAAUCAUUCUGCGUGACGAAAUGCGAAUGAGAAAUAAAUUGCUGGAAAUCAUCGUCGAAUGGACAAGCGAUUUUGCCUUGCAAAAACCGGAUGUAAAAUACUCGUCGGUGUACCAAGACAUGUCGCAAAGCGAUAAGCUGCACAAUGACUUGGAUUUGGCUUGUUUAAAAACGAUUGUGGCUAUUUUACAUCAAUUACCCUUGCAGCUGCCGGAACCAACACGCGAAGCCGAUACCACACAGUUCAAGAAUCGACUCUUUUACAAAUACUUCACAUUUUUCCUCAAGCUGUUGAAUCGCUGCCGUAGCUCGGAAGCACUUCAUCAAAUGGAACUGAGUAACUCGUCGUCAACACGCCGAAGCAAAGAAACAGUCAUGUCGCCAUCAUCCAAGACGAUAACACCGGAUUCGAAUCAAGAUAUGACAGCCCUCAAGGAUUAUACCAUCCUAGCUAUAUCGAAUUUACUUCGAGCCAAUGUCGAUGCAGGCUUAAAAUAUUCUUUGGCCAUGGGAUAUCAUGAAGAUAUGCGGACGAGAACCGCUUUUAUGCAAGUGUUGACAAACAUUCUUAAUCAAGGCGCCGAAUUUGAGACGCUGGCCGAAAAUGUGAUGACGGAUCGUUACGAAAGUUUGACCGACUUGCUGGUCGAGUCGGAUCUGGAAAUCGCGCUGUCGCUGUGUGAAGUCUGUCCCUCCAUUGAUUACACUGGUGUGGCUGAGGUACUACUCACCUGUUUCGAAUCUCGGAACAAGGUCAGUCCUUUUCUCGAAGCCGUCAUUAAGAAAGAAGUUGCAUCGACAGAGCAAGAAGCUACACUAUUCCGUAGCACCAACAUGGCAACAAGGCUGUUAUCCCUCUUUGCCAAGCAAUGCUGUAUUGAUUACAUCCGUAUCACUCUUCAGCCAGCUAUUGAAAGGAUUAAUAACUUACCCGAAGCCCAACAGACGUGGGAACUCGAUCCUCGCAUCAUGAAUCCAGACGAAGAUAUAGCUACGAACCGCCAAAAUGUUAUUCGGGCUACGGAGAUUUUACUCGAUGCCAUUUGUGCCUCGCCACCCACCGCUCCCAGGUUAUUCCGGGAAGAGCUAUCGUUGAUUGCUGAUGCUGUGCGUCAACGCUUUCCCGAAGCCAAAUAUACUGCUGUUGGUGGGUUUGUUUUCUUGCGUCUGUUUGGCCCUGCUAUUCUUACCCCUGAGAGCUCUGGGUUCUCCAAGCAAGCGAUUCCGAAAACAAAGAAUAUCAGAAAACUGUUACUACAGGCCACCCGUGUAAUGCAGAAUCUUGCCAACAAUGUGUUAUUUGGGGCCAAGGAAACGCACAUGAUUGUUCUCAACGAUUUCUUGACAAGCAAGAUCUACCAAGUCACGCGUUUCUUGCGCGAAAUAUCCGAGGUCCCUCCAUUGUCGGAUUCCAAAGAUGAAUUUGCCGCCGUGCGCAUGGAUCAAAAAGCAUAUGUCAGACUGCACCGAUACCUUUCUGAUAAUUUAGAUCGUAUGUCCCGGGAUCUGUCCAGUCGCAAAAUCAAGACCGGCGAUCACACUCAGGUGAUGCUCGUGUGGAAAAGAACGCUCGAUAAACUCUCCAACUUGUUGGCCCAGCUCGGUCGGCCUCCAGAAAUUGCACAGCCAGAAUUCACACCUUCGCGCAACUAUGCUGUCGCCAAUAGUAACCACAUUUAUAGUGAAUUCAUUAAUCGCAACAGUCACCGCGAUCUGUCGAGAAUCAACUCUCUCAAUAUUUUCUAUCAGGCCGGUGUUUCUCGUGGUGGACGACCGGUGUUUUACUUGAUCUCGCGCAACGUCCCGGAAGAAGAUUUCGAUUUUGAAUUGCUCGUUUAUUAUAUGCUUAGGGUGAUGGAGCCAUAUCUAAACAAUCCUUUCGAAUUGCUGUUCGACAUCACUCGGUUUUCAGGGAAAAGCGAAAUUCCGAUCCACUGGUUGAAUCAAUUUUUCCGCCUUGUAUUUAGCGAGAUGAACGAUUACUUGGUUGCGCUUCACAUCUUCAAUCCAAAUACUCAUUUACAACAAUAUAUCCGGAAACUGCCACUCAUCCUGACGAACAAGCUCGUCAAGCGUACUCGAUUUUCUCUCACACUGGCUGACUUGCAGAAAUUGAUCGCACCGGCUGAAAUUCAUUUGCCAAAGGAAACAAUGGAUCUUGAAAAAGAACUGAGUACCAUUUUUACGCCCGUCACGCGAGUCGCUUCCAUGAACAUUAAUAUCCCCGUUACCGUCAAGAUUGGACCUGAACAUAUGCAGAUUGUCACAAACCGCAAACAAGAGAUCUUCUGGAGCUUGAAUACUGUGCUGAACGAUGUUUUUCAUAUCUCUGAACUAAGCGAUGUCACGAUAUUGCCAACAACGAAGAAUGACGUUGGUGGCGAAUUAUGUAUCAAGUAUGAUGGAGGAAAAUCGAUGCUAGUACUGACGUCGCCUAAGCGAGAAGCCAUGCUUUCUCUGCUUCGAUACAACAAACAACGUUACGAGUCAUCAAGGCCAUCUGGGUCGCAUGAGCAUGCGAUCCGGCCGAAUGAUGUGCCUGGUCGUUUACUGAACAUGGCCCUGUUAAACAUUGGCAGCGAUGAUCCUGAUCUUCGUCUUGCAGCUUAUAAUUUGCUGUACGCAUUGAGCAUUUCUUUCCGCUUUGAUAUUGGCAACCAACUAUUGAUCGCACGAGAUCUUUGUAUUCCGGCCAACAGCACCGGUUUUAUCGUCAGUAUCAGCGAAAGUAUAGCAGCGACGGAGCCUCACUUGACACUUGAAUUCUUGAACGAAUGGUUCGUGGGAUUCAACAAAUCGACCGAGAAUAUGCGGUUGCUGUGUUUGGAUUACAUGGCACCGUGGCUGCGGAACUUGGCGACCUUCGCUCGCAACGUCAAUGAUGAUCCUAACCGAAGCUUGGCUAAAACCAAGGAAGUGCUGCGAUUGCUGAUUGACCUUACUGUCAGCCAGCCCGAUAUUUACAAACAUAUGCAAACGCGUGUAUGGAAAACUUUGGCGCGUGUGGAUGAUAUCAUCAACCUAGUCCUGGAUGCUUUUGUUCAAUGUUCCGUUGAAUGUGGCGUCGGUUCACCGCAGGCGGAAGCCAUGGCGGAUACAUUCGUUACCAUGUCAAGCGUUGCCGUACGCGGUAAGGUUAUCAACCGCAUGCGAAGGGUAAUUCAACGCACUUCAUCCAAACCUUGUCGAACGCUAACGGACCAUGCCGCCUGGCCCGAGAUUGCGGUUUUGCUACGCUUCAUGCUGAUGAUGUCUUUCAGCAACACGGGUCCUGUUAAGCCGUACCUUCCUGAAAUCUUCCAUACCGUUUCACUUAUUGUUGCUACCGGACCUACCUUGAUUCGUUCCUCAGUCCACGAACUGGUCGUCAACGUGAUCCAUAUGCUCUGCACAGCGGUUCCUCUUCCGGAAGAAAACGUGAAGAAAUUGCAUUUUCUUCUUAACGAUGUGUGCGACGGCAAGAGUCGUGUUUAUUUUGGACUGAUUAAACCGCAUGCGAAUGCUUUGACCGUGACCAAAGAUACCAUUACCGAUUACGCGGAUACCGUGAACUUGACGUCGUUGGAGAAUAUUGUUCGCUUGCUGUUAGAAGCUACCAACGUUGGUGCGCCAUCCACGGAUAUCGGUAAUAUGUGGCGGGCCCGCUGGAUGGGACUCGUCACCAGCACGGCAUUUCAAUUCAACCCGGCUAUUCAGCCACGUUCCUUUGUUGUCCUUGGCUGUCUCGCACAGGAAGAAGUCGAUGACGACUUGGUAUAUCAAAUCCUCGUCGCUUUACGUGGCGCCUUGGCGGUAUUCAACGAAACCAACCCAAGUUUGAUUGUUUCGAUUAUGAUGUGUCUCAGCAAUAUCAUUGAUCAUUUACCGGCUGAUUCACGCUACUUGUCGUCGUUGUUCUGGUUGGCCGUAUCACUGGUGCAAAUGGGUCAUCCGGCUACGUUUGCCACCGCGGUCCAAUUCUUGCAAUCCGUGUUACGUGCGCUGGACGCUCGAAAACUUUUCUUCCAUCAUGCGAUGGAACCCACUCUGAAACGUGCGCGUGAACCCCUGGCCGACAUUGCUCGUGACCUUGAUCGAGAGGUCGGGGUGUCGUUUGACAACCAAUUUUCUUUUGCCAUUGCUGCCAUUCUAUUGAAGGGGCUUAAACAUUGUCCUCGGGAAAUCGUGUUUGAUUGCUUGGGCGCUUUCUUGGAGACGAACUGCAAGCAAAUGUUGGAUAAUGUGGUGGAAUCCGAUUCGCUGGGCUACCUGGCGGUGUUGCUCCCGUUUGCGGCCAAGAACAAUGCUCUGAAAGAGGUGCUCCGAUUAGCAGGGCUGGACGAUAUUGAUCUGCAAAGCAUUGAAUCGAAUCAAUACGUGCGAAUGUUUGGUAUUUUCGAUAUUCCCGAUAACACCACGGCUUUAUUACUGGUCUCGCUUCUGGUGACCAUGCUCAACUUUACCGAGAACGAGGCAGAAAAAUUAUUCCUCUACAGCUUCUUAUCCGAAGCCGCCGUCUCCAUUCCCGAAGUCUUUACACUUGUGUACGAAUCACUGCUGCCAAAGAUGAACCAGAUUUUCGUGACGAGCCAGAACCAUGCCCUCAUUGAAGCAGUCAAAGGCAUUCUUCUGACCGCAUGUUCUGAACCUGCGUUUUACAGUGGUCAUGUGGCUCGACGUACGCAACAAUCGUUCUUGGACGAGCUGGGCUUUUCCGCCUUGAGUGAACCGAACUUUGGGGCUGGAAAAUCAAAUGUGGCACUCAAUGCCGAAUUGGCAAGUAAAUUGCUGGAUAGAAUCACUGAUUGAUGUAUGUAAUAUCUUAACGUUUAAUGAUCACCCUUCAAAUGGCCGGAAAAAAAAACCAACCGCGGUCUCUCUUACACGCACGAUAGAAACUUAUGCUUUUCCCAUUACCUGUUUUCUUCAAAUUUUUUUAAACCUUAGUAACGAAUUAUAAUUGAACCGUUUCAUUCAUGGACAAAGA